UACGUUCUUCUGAUCGAAGACGAUGCUAUACCUGUACCUCAUUUUAUGCCUUUAUUGAAUUCCGUUGUUCAACAAAUGGAUUCGAAUCCACAGAUUGAUUUCGUUAAGCUCUAUCAUCCGCGUUAUCUAAGGAAAAUUCCUUAUUACUUCCAGAUUUCACUGACGUGUUUGGCCAUCUCUGUGCUGCUAACUGAAAUUAUAUGGCGUCAAAUAAGAUGGUUACCGUUAAUCGUAACAUUCACAUUUCUCAUCUAUCACAUCCACAUUCACUACAAUUAUCAGAUCCGUUCCCCAACCAACACUCAGAUUCACUUCUGUAAUUUGCAGAUUUUCGCCGACUUACGUUACGCACUGACCAGUUCGUCUGCAUAUCUCACCGUUGCAGAAUCUUGCUGCACACCGGCCGUUAUCUAUCGUACCGACUCUAUAAAUCGAAUGCUUUCAUAUUUUGUCGACAGUACGUCCGACUCGGAACCCGUUUUCAUGAUCGAUAACCAUACUGUUAUCGGUCGAAAAUCUUCGGAAAUAAGAGCACCCUUCAAGUGGUUGAAGGCAGAUAACAAUGGCACUCAGUUGAAUAUUGGAGGCAGAUUAAAGCAUCCAAAAUGGCCAAGUUCGUUUGCUAAAGACGAUCAGUUGGAUGGUUCGCCGUUUGUUUCAAGGCAGACAGAUACGAACUUGGUGAUACAUAUUGGAUAUAUCAGUGCGAUACGUGGGAAAUUGGUAAUAUUGGACGUGAUAAGAGAGUUAGAACGUCGUGCCGAGCACGUAUUCCCCUUUUAG